UGAUCCUCCUCUUCUUCCCCAAAAACAGAAAAAAAUAAAAAAACUAAACCCUAAAAUUCCCAAUUGCCGUCGCUCUCGUCUCACUCCGUUGUGGCCUCUCCGUCACUCCACCAUCGACACUCCUCACAGAGAUCUCAGGUUUUGCUGGAAGAAAGUUAUGGAGUUUUCGUUACAGGACGACGAUUUUGGCGGAGAUUAUUCCGCUACAAAUGCCACCAGGGCUUCAGGUAGUAAAAGAAGCUUCGGUGAUCUUGAAGACGAUGAAGAUGAUAUCUUUGGAUCGAAAAAGGGUCGUACGAAAGUGGAGGAAGCUGCUCCUGGUGUUGCAACUGGGAUGAUUUUGUCUCUCCGAGAGAGUCUUCAGAACUGUAAAGAUGAUCUUACUUCAUGUCAAAAUGAGCUUGAAUCAGCGAAAACAGAGAUUCAAAAGUGGAAAUUAGCGUUUCAGAACGAGUCCUUUGUACCGGCUGGAAAAUCUCCUGAACCUAGAUUUUUGAUUGACUACAUCCAAAAUCUGAAAUCUUCUGAGAGAUCUUUGAAAGAACAGUUGGAAAUUGCAAAGAGAAAAGAAGCUUCAUGCAUUGUACAAUAUGCAAAGCGGGAACAAGAAAUGGCCGAAUUGAAGUCAGCUGUUCGCGAUUUGAAAUCUCAGCUCAAGCCGGCGUCAAUGCAGGCGAGGAGGCUGUUACUGGAUCCAGCAAUUUAUGAAGAAUUUUCACGUCUGAAGAAUCUAGUUGAGGAGAAAGACAAGAAGAUCAAGGAACUCCAGGAUAAUAUUAUAGCAGUUACUUUUACCCCUCAUAGCAAGAAUGGCACGAUGCUUAUGGCAAAGUGCAAAACCUUGAUAGAGGAAAACGAGGAGAUUGGACACCAAGCUGCUGAAGGAAAGAUUCAUGAACUAGCGAUGAAGCUUACAAUGCAGAAAUCUCAAAACGCCGAACUUAGAAGUCAAUUUGAAGGACUGUUCAAACACAUGGAGGAAUUAACUAAUGAUGUUGAGCGAUCAAACGAAACGGUGAUAAUAUUGCAAGAGAAGUUGGAAGAGAAGGAGAAUGAGAUAGAGAGAGUAAAGAAAGGGAUGGAGGUUGUUGUGUCUGAUGUAGGUGACAAGAAAGAUGAAGCUGAUGACAAGAAAGAUGAAGAUGCAAAAGAUAUUGAUGGUGGAGAAUAGGAAAUUAGCUAUCAAAGAUGUUUUGUACAUUUUGAAGUUAAUUACGAUUUUCUUCGUUAUAUCUCAAUAAUUUUUGUUUCAUGAAACUAAAGUGAUAAAUUUCAUCAGUGUCUAUGUUAGUUCAA